CUGCUUCCUCCUCUAGAGGCGCCGUAACUCCCGGGUCUUUUGGCCCGCCCGGCCGUCGUAACCGGCUUCCGGCAAGAUGGCGGCGCCCAGCACGUGGCGGAAGAGCACGACCACUGCCGUCGACGGUCCCUCGUUGCCAGCAUGGCGAAGCCUGAGCCUAACCCGCUGAGCGGGCGGAGCCUGCCGGAGCUGCGGGAGAUGCUUCUGCGGCAGGAAAGGCUGCUGGGUGACCGGGCGGUGGUCUCCCGGUUGCCCGACGGCGGCGAGCGCGUGCGCGAAUGCGUGUCCAGGCUGCGGGCGGCGGCGGCGGUGGCGGCGGAGGAGGAGCGGAGGAGGAGGAGCGGCGGCGCCCCGGAGGCGGCUCCCCCGGCGGGCCUGGCGGGGGCGCUGGCCGGCCUGUCUCUGGGGGCGGCGGCGGGGGGCCUGCGGGGGGCCGGCGUGCGGCCCGGCGGAGCCCCACGGAAGGAGAAGCGGCGCCCGGAGGACGCGUCGGCCGCCCGGCUGCCCCCCCUGCGCCACGCGCCCGCGCGGAUGUUGCCCCUGGCCGAAUCGGUGGCCAUCCAGGUCCAGCAGGAGGAGGCCCGGCAGGAGAUGCAAGCUAAGGUUGCUGCCCAAAAACUAUCUGAAAGGCUUGGGAUUAAGACGGUCCACUAUGAGUCAGAAAGACAGAUGAUGACCGACUACAGAGAAGUCAGGGAUGAAGAGGGAGACAGCUCAGCUGAGGACUGAUUCCAAAGAGAACUGGCUGGCAGACGAGAGACAGGCCUUGCUGAAGAAGUUCUCCAUGGUCAGAGCCGGUUGGGAGUGUGUUUUGCCUGGGGGCAGCAUCACUGUUGCCUAAAGCUGUGCAAUGUUGGGCAGCCUGGCUGUGGUUUGUGCUCAGGACAGCUCUGGAGCCUGACAGUCGCUUAUCACAAGUGUUAGGAGAGGAGAGCAAUGCUUGACCAAACAGCUUUUCAGGUUCUGGGAUUGAAGAUCAGCUAUGCAGGAGCAGCAGAAAUUUUGUAGCUGCCUUGGAGUCUUCUCUGGUGAGGGUUGCUCCAAAAACAAACACAGUGCAAGGCUGCAAUAUUUUUAUAUUAGAGUUGUUUCUACAUUCUUUUUAAUUUACAUUAAAAUUUGGGCCUUUGUGCACUGUAUGGAUCUUCUUGUUAUCUCCAGGAGGAGGAAAAAUUGUCCUGCAUUAGGGUGGUUGUCUCUACUGCUGAGUGCAGGGAAUACUGUGUCCCACCUGCCCUCCCCAAAUGGCCCUGAAGGAAGAGUUGGGACCUCGAAGCACUAAGGCCUCUAGGUGGCCUCCAUUAUGGGUGCUGAAAUCCCACAAGUCUGAUGGAGAGGCUGGUUUAAGAGAUCCUGAGGGAGAGUUUGAUGUGAAAAGAUCGCAACUGUCCAGGUGUUCAUUCCAGAGGGGUUUCUGUUGCUUUCAUAACAUUGGGAGAAGCUGCUCUUGGCUAAGGAGGAGGCCCCCAGCUGGAUGGGCAUUUUGCUGGUUCUGCUUUUCCAAGAGGAGCUGAAUUUCAGAUCCAACUUUUGCUCUACUAGCAUUUCAGUGAGUGACUGGGGCACUUAAAGAGGUCUUGUUUGAUCAUGAGUGGAGCUCGGGUGACCCUAAUAAAAUCUUAAGUGCAACAUAGUUCAGCCCAGAUGAAUGUCUUCCAGACAAGAGUGCAGCCUUAGCUAGGGUUUUUUGGGGGGGCGGGGGGGGGCUCCUCUUUCUCUGCCCUUUGUUAUCAACCUGAAGAUAGAAGAGUUACAGUCCUUUUCUAGAAUUUUGCUUCUUUCUUACAACAAUUGAUCCUGCCUCUCUCAUUUACUCUCCCUUUCUGGUUACUUUUCCUUCCUUCCCAUUGACAGGUUUGACGUACUGGUACUCCAGAUAGGGCAGGGGACUGUGGCUUUUCCACUGAGUCUUCUUGGGGUUUUCCAAAUACAUCCACCCUUCUGUUUGCAAGUGAACAGGUGCAAGUUACCACAACAAUGGCUGUUCUCUCCCACACACAUACAAGAAUACACAGGCAUGUAUUUUGUUCCAGUUGUGCUGUUCCCUGUUGUUCCUGUACAAUAUUUUUCAAACUUGACUUUAAAAUGUGUGGACUUCGCCUCCCAGAAUUCCACAGUCCACACAUUUUAACGUUGCCAGGUUUACAAAAACACUGCUCCAGAGGCCUUCCUUAGCUCUGCAUCGAUUUAUCUGGGGGAGAUUGGCCUGUCCAUCUCUUAACAGUCCUGAGCUACCACCAAUCUUUGUUUUAUAGCAGAGUGUUGAUAAAUGCAUCUUUGGAUUACUUUGUUUUGCCUUUUUUAUAUAAAGGAAGAAUAAUUUCACCUAAACUCAAGUGCUGGAGUUUAUUAAUUCCUAAUUAAAUUGUGAAAAAUCUUUUGGGCCCCUAUUGUUCUUUUCUUUUUCCAUUCUAAUUCCUCCAGAUUGUCACUACAUCAAUUUUUGCAGGGGUUAGUGACGGGGUGAAAAAUCUUGGCUGUCCUCAGACUGAAGGCACAAUCAUAUGUCAUGUCUUCAGGCUGCUCUUUUGCAAACCAAGCAGAUUUUUUCCCUGGUGGCAAAGGGCCAGGAAUUUUAGUGAAAGAAAACAUCAAAGUUGCAAAAGAAAUGAGAAUAUUAGUCAAUGAUUUGCAGGGCUGUUCCCUGAUAACCUUCUGCUAACUGACUUCAGAGCUAUGUGGGAGCAACUUAAAUAAACAUCUGGAUACCAAGUUUAGUCAUCCCCAGUGACAAAACCCAGACAGAUCUUCUGGGCUUACAAUAAUAAAUAUCUCUGGGAAGCCUCCAUGAAUCAACUUCAAAUCCCUGUUUUCAAUUAUUCUCAUUUUAGAAAGACAUCAGAGUUAAUUAUCCAUGGAUAAAACCACCUCUGAAGUUUAUUGAAUUUGGCUUUUUUCAUUAUGUUCAAUUCCCAUUUUUAUUAAUGUUUGCUUCCAAAAUGGUAAGCUGUUUGCUCUAUGAAGUGCUCAAAUUUUUACCAGGAGUUUGGUGAUAUCGUACUCUGUCCCAUUCUACCCCCCAACAUACACACAUACACACACACACACACACGUAGUGUUUUCUGGGAUAAGGGAGGGGCACCUAUGUAACACUUUCUGGCAUUAUACAACUCAAAAGUGGGAAGAGCUGUACCUAGUCAAGCCUCCAGGUUCCCAGGAUUCUCUGUGAUGACUGGGCAGUUCUGGGAGUUGCCCAGAAAACCAGGAAGAUGUCAAGGUGGGGCCCUGCCAGGUGGUAUUCAGAGGUGGUGCUUUGACAGGAAAGAGAGCAAGGAUGGGAGAGGAAGCUGUGGCUGCCGUAAAACUCAUCCCUACAAAGUGGAUAACGGUGCUGAGUGGAAGGACAGCAAGUUUGUCACAAGUGGGAUUUGGGGGUGGGUGGGGGUGUCCUGCAGGGUAGCCAGUUCCUUUCCCAAGAAGGGAACUACUGCUUUUCAAGGCCAGUGGAGGGAAAGAGCUGUGAGCCAGUUCCUCAGUCUGCCCCCCUACCCACCCUCCCGCAUUACCAGCCCCCCCAGGUCACUUGGCCUGCUGUCCUAUGCCACGCUGGGGCCAGCUGGACUGAACCCUGAGAAAAUUGCCUCAGACAUUGAGUGCAGCUCCCAAUAGACGCCUCUCCCUCCCCAGCACCUGAAGGGGGCUGCUUGGGUUCCUUUGCAGCAGCCAGCUCCAGCCAGUUUUGCACCACAGGGGUGUUUCCAUGCUGUAAGCAUUGAUGGGCUCUUGAAAAGAAAACUGGUUUUACUUACUGGAGGAACAGUUGUUAUCCCUCAUGAUAAGGAGGGAAGAAGGAAGAGCUUGAGAUUAGCCAGGUUAAAGAAGCCAGCAUUCAACAAUUGGUUCUUCUUGUGCCAUAUCUGUCAUUGGACGUUGGUGAUCAUGUUGGCAAUCCUAUUUUUGUCAAUAGCCACAUGAAAAAGUGCUGCUGAUUUUUGUCCAAAUCAGUCCCUUAGGUUUUGAAGCCAUGAUGUUCUGCCUGGACCUCAUUUGCCUUCAAUCUUCCCUGGAGGAUUAAGUGAAACACUAUUUUUCUGGGUGUUGCAUCACAUGUCCAAAAUACUCUUAACUUUCACUUUUUAAUGGCUUUGAUGAUUUCCCUUUGCUUUCCCAGGUGGCUUAUCACCACCUCAUUUGUGAUUUUGUUAACCCAGUUUAUACGUAAAAGCUAUAAGUCUAUAAAUCCACAUUUCAAAUGCUUCUAGUUUCUUCAAGUGGCUUUCUGUCGGAGACCAACUCUCUACUCCGUAGAGCAGGAUAGAAAAGAUGUAACAUUUGACAAGCCUGAUUUUCAGUCUUAGGCUUAUGUCGUGACUGCAGAAGACUUUUUUCAUUUUGAAGAAUGCUGUUCAAGCUUUCUCUAUCUUUGUCUUUACUUCACUGAUCAUGUCCCAGCUUUCAUGUAAAUUAAAACCGAGGUACGUGAUCCCCUCAACUUUUUCUAGUGGUAUUCCUUCUGAAUUCAUCAGUGGUAAAUUAAUGGGUUGUUUGCUGACGACCAUGAUCUUGGUUUUUGAGGUGUUAAGCUUCAAGCCAUAUUUUUCAGAUAUUUCUGAGCCGAAGGUCUUCAUGUUUACUGGCAAGCUGAACUGAAUCAUCAGCAUAUCUUAAAUUGUUGAUCUGAACACCAUUUACUUUGAGGCAGUGAUGAAAUGUAAAAUUUCUACCGGUUCUGUGGGCGUGGCUUGGUGGGGGGUAAUGUAACGGUGGGCGUGGCCAACUUUUUUUUUUUUUUUUAACUUUUAAAACCAUUUUUUCUACAACCUCUUCGGCCGAAAAAUGCUUUUAAAAGCCUCUGACACCCCAGCUGAGCCGCGGGAUCAUCAGUGGCUUUUUUUUUUUUUUACUUUUAAAAGCAUUUUUUCAUCCAAAGAGGUUCUAGAAAAAAUGCUUUUAAAAAUAAUUUUAAAAAGCCUCUGAUGAUUGGCAGUUCAGCUGGGCGGGGAGGGGGCAGGGAUUUUUGUUACUGGUUCUCCAAACCACCCGCUGAAUUUCUAGUUCUUUUAUCUUAUCUCCAUGUUUAAUGAUGAAAUCACUGUCAAUUCUUGGUUUAGGAGGAUUCAGGUUUUCAUCUUUUUUUAGUUUCAGCUGGACUUCGGCAAGUAGUAGAUUAUGAUCGGAUGGUACAUCUGCACCUGGGUAUGAUUUUGCUGAUUUUACUGAGUUUCUAAAUCUUUUGUUUAUUGUAAAAUAGUCAAUCUGGUUCCUUACUAUAUUAUUUUGUGUAUCUGCCAGUGAUCUCCAAGUGUAGAGGCAUCUUUUUGGUAACUUAAAAAAAGUAUUCAUCACAUAUUGCCUAUGUUCCUUGCAGAAGUCUACAAAUCUGUCACCUCUACCAUUUCUGGUUCCUAAGCCAAAGUUUCUAACUACAGGAGCAUCACUUUCUUCUCCCACUUUUGCAUUGAAGUCUCCCAUGAGUAUUGUGAUAUCAUUACUUUUUAGGGUUUUCAAUACACUUCAUAGAACUUCUCUAAAUCCUCCUCAUCACUGUCAGCUGUGGGAGUGUAAACUUGUAUAACAUUCAUAUAUACUGUACUAUUUAUUUGGAUCAUCAUCACUCUAUCAGAUACAGGAAUAAAGGACGAUGUAUUUAUUUACAA